ACGAUAUAUUAUCCUACUUCCCAUGAACGUUAAUAGGUGGCAGCAUAUAGCCGCUGCAUGACAUUGUCGCAUUGGAUUAAAGGCGGUGAUAAUCUGUGAUAUUCUAUUUUUUUCAAUUAACAAUGGCGAAUUUUAAACCUGUUACCCAUGUGCUCUUUGAUAUGGAUGGGUUAAUAUUCGAUACUGAAGAUAUUUACACAAGAAUACAUCAAGUUAUUGCCAGUAAGUUCGGGAAAGAGUUCACAUGGGAAGUGAAAAUAAAGUGUAUGGGUAAAACCGCAAACGAUGCUGCUGCGACUUUCAUACAGGAACUUCAAAUACCUAUGUCUGUCCAAGAAUUCGAAGUUGUUUUUCGUUCUUUGUGCGAAGAAGAGUUCUUGAAAACUAAGGUCUUGCCAGGGAUCGAAAGAUUAAUCACGCAUUUACAUGCAAAGAACAUACCAAUAGCCAUAGCAACAAGUUCAAAAUUAGAAACAUAUAACAUAAAGACUAGAAACCACCAAGAACUAAUAAAAAAAUUCCACCACGUAGUCUCAGGAUCAAGUGACCCAGAAGUUCAGAAAGGAAAACCUGCUCCUGAUGUAUUCUUAGUGUGUGCAAGCCGUUUUCCAGAUAAACCUUCUCCGGACAAGGUUCUCGUGUUUGAAGAUGCUCCAAAUGGCGUGCUAGCUGCGGUUGCGGCUGGCAUGCAAGUGGUAAUGGUUCCCGAUCCCCGAGUAGAACCAGAAUUUACAAAAGACGCUACACAAGUUCUCAAAACGAUGGAAGAUUUCAGACCGGAACUGUUUGGUCUACCACCUUUUGAUGAUGUUCAAUCUUAGUAGUUAGUUUAUCAAAUUAAAUUGUUGGUCUAUAUCACAAUAUAAAUCUUGUUAUCGACUGGUUAUAUCUUCUUGAUACUAAUAAAAAAAGUUGUUCUUCA